AUGAUACAUCAUCCUCAUUCAGAAUCACCAUGUAUGGAUUCAAGUAAAAAAUUAUGUGUUCAACAUAAUAAUACAAACAGUGGUUCAUCAUCUGAUGAAGGUGAUACAACAAAUGAUUCAAAUGGAAAUGAUACAAAACGAAAAAAACGACGAAAUCGUACAACAUUUACAUCAUUUCAACUUGAAGAAAUGGAACGUGUCUUUCAAAAGACUCAUUAUCCAGAUGUUUAUGUACGAGAACAACUUGCUCUACGAUGUGAUUUGACGGAAGCACGAGUACAGGUUUGGUUUCAAAAUCGACGUGCUAAAUGGCGUAAACGCGAACGAUAUACAAAUGCACCUCAAAUACGUUCAUUAACGGUACCUACAACAAAUCCCUAUGAUAUAUCAUUGAUUUCAGCUGCAAGUAGUCAAUAUCCAUCGUUAGCAGCUAGCAAUGGUUGGUGUUCAUCAUCAACAGCAUCAUUAGGUCAUGUUCCUCUUCGAGAUCAUCAUCAUCAACAACAACAAUCUCAACAACAAACAGGAUCACCAUGUCACACUCUUUCAUCAUCUCCGUCCAUGAUGAUGUCAAGUGCAAUACCAAACUUUAUGGGUAUGCC